AUGGCAAGAAACAUAGUCCUUCAAGAGUCCAAAGAUCCUGCAAAACGUAGUAGAGUCUCGCAAAACUAUGAAUCUUAUCGUUUGUUGGGAAAAGGACAGGGUUCAGAUUCAAUUGAAGGUCUAGCACUUGACAUGCGAAAGCUCGAGGAAGGGAUGAGAUCAGAUGUUCUUAAUUCACUGAAGAUUCUAAAUCUUAAAGAGUGUUACGAACUUGUCAGUAUCCACAAUCUUUCCCGACUUCCAAAUCUUGAGAGUUUGAUUCUCUGGAACUGUAGCAGUCUUACUCAUGUUUGUGAAUCCAUCGGAGGCCUUAAGAGUCUUGCUCUAUUGGACUUUACAGGGUGCAAGUAUCUUAUGAAGACUUUAAAGAGAUUACGGGAAUUUGUAUAUCGAGGUUGUAACAAAGUGUCUGAAAUUCAAGGCCUUUUCAAAUUGGUGCCAAUAGCAAAACAUGAUGAAGCCGAUUUGGGUCAUAUGAAAUGGAUCAAAGCAUAUCAAGAUUACAGGGUGUACCUAGUGGGUGAUGAGAUUACUAAAGAGAGAGACCUGCGUAUCCAGGUGUUGUAUGAAUAUGGUAUAAUGAGCACAUAUCUGCCAGGCAUAAGGGAUGAAAGCAUGCCAAUGCCUGAUUAUAUGUCAUUGAUUCCGUUCUUAUCCUUUCGUGUGCCUUCUACUGAAAAACAUAGGAUCCGAGGAUUAAAUGUAACCUGCUUAUACAGACUAUCAGGCGAGGAUGAAGAUAUGUGGGUUUUGUUCAUCAAAAUAAGUAAUAUAACCAAUGGCCUUAAUUGGAUGUACAACCCGAUGGUCUAUUGCCAACCGAGAUUUUAUGAAGAUGCGGUGUGGUUAAGCUAUUGGCCAAUUGGAAACAUAUUAGACACUGGUGAUGAAAUCAAUGUGUCCAUUGUGGGGAAUGGAUUGAUGGUAAGCGAGUGUAGUGCCAGCUUUGUUUACAUAGAUGAUGGUGAAUUAGAGCUAGAAAACUGCAAAAGUUACACGAAAGAGGAAGAAGUUAUUGGAGGAGAUCUAUCUGGCUUUGAGCUGACCAUAGGAGCCUAUUAUCUUUGUCGUCGCGAUUACUUCAAGAUAACCACCCCUGAUUGGUUAAAGGUGCUACUUGGUGAUACCAUUCACUACAAGAAAUAUACCCUUUACCGGCGACACUAUUACCGGCGACAAGGGGCUUUAGCGACGACUCUAUAUAUUGUCGCCGCUAAAGCCCUUUGUCGCCAGUAA